UAUAUUUCUGGUCAGACGCACUGUUUACGUGUUUUUUUCGUUUAAAAUGUCAUCCUGGAUCACAGGAUUGGCGGACAAGGCCGAGAAUAUUCUGAACAAGCUUGACCAAAAUGCAGCCACAGCCCUGCAGUUGGAAACACCAGUGUCCGCCACCGGGGAAGCCACGAGUGCAAUGAAGAGGAGCAUGACCAGCAGCACCAACUCUUUGUCUCUGAAGUCGACGACGCUGUCGCCAGCGAAGCGAUCGAGUGCCAGCGCCAGCGCCGCGUCCAGCGUCAAGAGCGACCAAGGCGCACCCGUGGUGACCAAGGAAAUGAGCAAGCGUAUGACCACAUCCGCCAGCUUCUCCACGAAUCCUGAUAGCUAUGGCAGCGCCAUGGCCGACACCCAUGAGUUGGCGGCCUUCAAGAUCGCCCUGAACGAAAUCACCGCCGAGCGGGACGAGCUGCGACUGCGGCUGCACGAGCUGAGCCACGACAGCGAGAAUUUGGCGCUGCAGGAGCGCGCCCAGGAGCUGGAGACUCUAGCACAGACACUGUCCGAGGAGCGGGACAAGGCAGUGCAUGAUCUAAACGAUGCCCACACCGCACACAUGGCGUACGUGCACUCCAUCUCGGAGCUGGAAACGAAUCUGGCCAAGUUGCAGCAGGAGUACAUGAGCGCGGCGAACAAACUGCAAAUGCAAACCAAGGAGACGGAGCAGCAUCGCCUCGAGCUUCACGAGUACCGCACCAAGGCACAGCGGGCGCUGCAGGCCAAGGAUGCGCUCAUAGCAGAGCUCAAGGCAAAGCCCUCAGAAGAGACAAGUGGAGAGGCAAAGGACAGUGAGAGUCGUUUGCUGCAAAUCGAAUACGAGGCACUAAAGCAGGAGCUGGAACAUGCCCACGAAGAAGUGCACAAAAUGCGCCUGCAGCUGGAGGAUAACGUGGCGCAGGAGCAGCAACGCGAACUGGAGCUUAGCUCUGCGCGUCAGCGGGAGGAAUCUCUGGCCAAGGAGCUGCGACAGGCCCGCGAACACAGUCUAAAUGCCGAAUCCGAGCAGCGCAUGCUCACCCAGGAGCUGGCAUCGAUGCGGCAGCAGCUCAGCAAUCAAAUGGCCGCCGCCGCCACACGCCUGCAGGAACGCGAGCAACAGGUGCAGCAGCUGCGGCAGCGUCUCAGCGGAGAGGUGCACACCAGUGCCAAGAACGACUACGAGAGCCGACUGAAGGCGCUGACACAGUCGCUGGUCGAGCGGCAGGGUCUGUUGGAACGUGUGACGGGCGAACGGAAUGCUCUACGCCUGCAGCACGAGCAAAUACAAAUGCAACUGCAACAGAAGCAGCACAUGGUGCAGAUUGAGAGCCAGCAGCGAGGGAACCGCAACUCCUCCAUGCUCUCAAACAGCACAGAUGAUGCCAAGGCUCAGUUCCCGGUGCUGAUGCAUCCUAGUCCGUUUGAUAAUCGUGUGGCCCGUCGCUUUAAGCGUGCUCUACGCCAGGCCGACUCAAUGGGCAUACGCGUGGGCACCUUUCUGCGUCGCUAUCCGAUGAUGCGCGUCUCUGUGAUUGUCUAUGUGGCGCUGCUGCAUCUUUGGGUGAUGUUUGUGCUGCUCUCCACGACGCCCAAUUAAGCCUAAGAGGUCAUAGGUUAAACUAUCUGAGCAAUUGUUUUAUUUUGCAAUUAUUUAAAUAUUUUAUACAUAAGCUGACGUCCUGGGCCUUCGCUGCUGUAGCCAAAUUUGGGGCUACAGCUGCAACGAGGCGGAGCACGAAUUGUGUGUGUCAUGUUUUUGUAGGUGUUGCAACAAGUUGUAGCGUAUAUAUCAUAUAUUAUAUAUGGAUCGUAUCGUGUGUGUUUUUAGGUGUUCUAAAUUCAAUAAACACAUCCACUAGACUAUGUACAGAAAAA